AUGCCUCGGGGAACGCAUAAAUCAUCCACUGUAGACACCUUCUUCACCAGCACCCGAGAAGGAGGCCGCCCAAAAAACUUUGGGCCUUGUCCCAAUACGUUCCAGGCCAAGGAAAGAUACCACCAGAAAGAAUUGGGUAGCUCCGUUUUUCGACUGACUAAGGAAGACGACCGACUGGCCUACUCUAUAGAAGACAGAAUCUUCCACGAUAUCAUGGAAAAAGGCGUGAGGAAGAAUAGUCGCUGCAGCUGGGUGGCGCCUCUUCCACUCAAGCCAUCCAGACUUCGGCUUCCUAAUAACCGACAACAAGCAGUCAGUCGGCUCAACUCACUGACUCGCCAAUUCAGGAGGAAGCCGCAUUUGACACAGGACUUCUGGAACAACGACCCUGAUAAGGAAAUAGUCGAAUAUAGGAUGAAAGUUCACGUAUUCGGCAACAGUCCAUCACCGGCAGUGGCAACUUACUGUCUCAGGAAAUCUGUCGGAGGGACACAUCCGGAUUGCAGCCCUGCUGUUGUUCAGUACGUCCACCGUGAUUUUUAUGUGGAUGAUGGACUAAAGUCAGUGUCUACUGUAGGAGAGGCCAUCUCCUUGCUGAAGGAAACCCGAAAUGUUCUGGCACCAUCCAACUUGAGAUUACAUAAAAUAGCCUCCAAUAAAAAGGAGGUUCUGGACGCUUUCCUACAGGGGACCUCGCCAGUGACAUCAAACAUCUGGACCUCAAUGAGGAGGCUGUACCGAUGCAACGUAGCCUGGGACUUGAUUAGGACCCAGAGAGUGACUGCUUCACCUUUCGAGUUGCAGAUGAAAAGAAGCCUUAUACACGCAGAGGCGUCUUGUCAACAACCAACAGCCUCUACGACCCACUUGAAGGAGCAACUUUGGACUGCAUGGCGCGACUCCCUACAAGAACUCCACAACCUCCAGAUACCAAGGACUUACAUCACUAAGUCACCCACUGCAGCAUCUUCCGAGGAGUUGUGUGUCUUCUCGGGCGCGUCGACUAAGGCGAUUGCUGCAGUAGCCUACCUCAGAGUCACCUAUCUUGAUGGUACUUGUGAGGUGGGUUUCAUCAUGGGGAAAAUGAAAAUGGCACUGCAACCUGAGACCUCUGUGCCCAGACUGAAACUCUGUGCUGCCAUCCUGGCGGUUGAAUUGGCAGAUAUGAUUCUCCCAGAGCUUGAUAUGCAAGUGAACUCUACCAUCUUUUUCACUGAUAGCAAGGCCGUUCUUGGCUAUAUAGGCAAUGAACAUCGCCGCUUUUAUGUCUAUGUCAGCAAUCGAGUUCUGCGCAUCCGUCGAUCAUCUCAGCCUAAACAGUGGCAUUACGUACCCAGGGAUAAAAACCCAGCUGACUGUGGAACCAGAUCAGUUCCUGUCAUCCAAAUAUCUACUACAGCCUGGCUCAACAGUCCAUCUUUCCUCUCCAACUCUUUGUUCAAACGUUUUGAACCCAGCUCCUACUACCUUAUCGAUCCUGAAAACGACGUCGAAAUCCGUACAAUAGUGGCAACCUUCACCACCCACUCCUCCCUUGUGCUGCUCAGUGAUCAUCGCUUCAGGAAGUUCUCCACAUGGACGGCACUUACACAGGCAAUCGCUCGUUUGAUCCACAUCUCUCAGUCAUUUCAGAAAGAGACUAGGUUGAAUGACUGUAAGGGCUGGCCUUACUGUCGAGCACCGUUUCCGGUAGAAACACUGGCGAAAUCGAACAACGUGGUCCUCCGGUCGGCGCAAAGAAACACGUACGCUUUGGAAUUCUCUUGCUUAACAGAGAAUAGGGAACUUCCCAUGAGCAGUGCACACAGGAAAUUAGACCCAUUUGUGGACGGCCAACGUCUCCUCAGAAUCGGAGUUCGCACACGAAGAGCGGGACUAGAUCGUAGCGAGAUGCACACCGUUAUCUUAUCCGGCAAUCACCAUAUAGCGUCCCUGCUCAUUAGGCACCACCAUAAGCAGGUACAUCACCAGGAACGUCACUUCACAGAGGGCGCAGUCCGUGUUGCUGGCUUCUGGAUUGUCGGUGGAAAGAGAAGUAAAGCUCCGUGGACCUAUGUAGAUUCAAAAGAUGGCAGACCUACCAGAAGAUCGCCUAUCUAUGGAACCUCCCUUCACAAAUGUGGGGCCCAUUACUUCACGUCGGACCAGAGGAGGCUUGGCCUACAGCAAGCAGUGGGCCACCAUAUUUACAUGCAUGACCACAAGAGCAGUUCACAUCGAGGUCUUGGAGUCACUCGAUACAUCAAGCCUGAUAAAUGA